AUGAAUCAGAGAGACAAGCGGUCAAUUUACAUUGAAAUGAAGCUUGUAUUCGACAUCUCGACCAUUGUACUUCACAGCACCCAAGGAUUCCAGAUCAAAGAAGUUAAGAAGGAGAACCUGAGUUACUACGACCUGUUUCCGGUAGGCCGACGCUUUAUGGUCAGGGAGCAGCAAGUGCAGGAUGGGUGUCGGGGACGGGAGACGGAACUCAGAGGGUUGACCUCGGAGAAGUGGGCAUUGGAGCGGAUAGAGGUGGACACUGCCCGGGGAACAUUGUACUGUCCACUGCUCAAGGUCGGUUCAACAUACUGGAGGAGAAUAUUCUAUGCAAUGAGACAAAAUGCAACAAUAAACACUCCCUAUGACAUCAGCAUCAACAAAGCGCUGAUGUCGAAACGAGAGACGCUGCAGAAACUGCUACCUUUGAAUAGCUCAUCAACACAACAGUACUUGAAAGAAUCGGUCAAUAUAAUGUUUGUUCGUGAGCCAUUCUCGAGGUUAAUCUCAGGAUACGUGGACAAGUUGUUCGCGCCAAAUCCCUACUUUUGGACUCACAUCGGCAAAUUCAUCAUAUCAAAUUACAGGAAAGAUCCGAGUCCACAAAGUCUUCGCUGUGGCCAUGACGUCACGUUCCCUGAGUUUGUGCAAUAUGUGGUGGACACGGAAGCAAGGAAUGACACCCAUCGGGACGCACACUUCACCCCCACAUAUGACCAGUGCAAACCCUGUCAGGUGCCCUACAACAUCAUCGGCAAGAUGGAAACAUUCAAGGAUGACACAGCAUUCAUACUGAACGCUCUUGGGUACAACGUCAGUUCAAAUUCGCUGAAGUUUUGGUCAUCGAAAGCCGAAGAGGACGCGGUCAUUGAUUCAACGCUUAGUCCUUUUGGGUGGAAAAUGAACAUUCAAAAGUGUAUGUCAUUUUACGAAGCAGCUAAACGUAUCUGGCACAAAAUGCAAAUUCGGGGAAUUGUGAGGAAGGAUUAUGCAAUGCCUUUCACUGAAAGGAGUCUCAAGACGACAUCCUCCCGGCAAUUUAUCAAAGCUCUGUUAAACGGGCGGGGUUCAGAUGAUGGCCAUAGUUUUCUUAAGCAUCAAAAACAGGAAGUCUUACAGAGAGCAUUUCAGCUUGUUCCACAGGACGACCUUGAGAAAAUCAGAAAAUUAUUCAAGCCUGAUUUUGAACUAUUUGGAUAUGACAUGUACCCAAAGCAUAUCUUUCCAGAUAAUCCGCCACACUCGGGAAGUAAUUGGUUGUUUAAUUUAUCAAGUGUAUGAUGAGUGUCUGUGUAUCUAUCCACACUGUCGGUUGCUAUUUUUUGAACAUACAGUUUGCUCUCUACAAGUAUGUGUUAAUAA